AUGUUCUCGAGACUUCUCCACCGCCUAAAGAAGAAGGAAGUGCGGGAAUUUUUAUACGCAACGAAGCGAAGCUCAGAAAUGACGGGACAACCGACUCGAGAAUACCUACCGCCAGCUCCAGAUCCUGCGCCGGAGCACGAUCCGACCGGUGAGACGAUCCCCGCCGCAACAUCUACCGACCAGGAUCACUCUGCCGAUCCCGAAAUCAACGCAACUCUGUUGAGCAGACGGAUGCUCCGCAUUCUACGGCCGAUAACCCGAGCGCAGCCGAGCCAGUAA